GGCCUGUCCAUAGAGGACCAGGGGUUCGGUGAGGCCAUCAAGCAGCCUGGCGUAGCCUUCAUCGCUGCGAAGUUUGACGGCAUCCUGGGCAUGGCCUACCCCCGUAUCUCUGUGGACGGGGUCGCUCCGCCGUUCGACAACAUCAUGAGCCAGAAGAAAGUAGAGCAGAACGUGUUCUCCUUCUACCUCAACAGGAACCCAGACUCUGAGCCCGGCGGGCUCCUGCUGGGAGGAACUGACCCUAAGUACUACAGUGGAGACUUCCAGUACCUCGACGUCAGCCGCCAGGCCUACUGGCAGAUCCACAUGGACGGGAUGGGUGUGGGGAGCCAGCUGAGUCUGUGUAAGGGAGGCUGUGAGGCCAUCGUGGACACCGGCACGUCCCUCAUCACCGGCCCCGCGGCCGAGGUCAAGGCCCUGCAGAGGGCCAUCGGAGCAACACCACUCAUCCAGGGAGAGUACAUGGUGAACUGUGAUAAGAUUCCCACCAUGCCUGUCAUCACAUUCAACCUGGGAGGACAGUCCUACAGUCUGACUGCAGAGCAGUACGUCCUCAAGGAGAGCCAGGCUGGUAAGACCAUCUGCCUGAGUGGCUUCAUGGGCCUGGACAUCCCCGCCCCCGCCGGGCCGCUGUGGAUCCUGGGAGAUGUAUUCAUUGGCCAAUACUACACUGUGUUCGACCGUGACAACAACAGGGUGGGCUUCGCUAAGUCCAAGUAGAACUACAACCAUUGGCUACGUCCUUAUUCUCCACUAUCCAUCAUCUACCCUUUUCCUGAAGUGUACACUUGUUCUGCACACUACUUGUCAUGGAUUUGGAGAAUUGGGAAGCAGUCAAUGUUUUAGGGUGUUUUGCGGUACAUUUAAAAGUGGAUCGAGAUGUUAUGAUUUUAGACAGGCAAAAUCCACGUGUGGGGGAAAGACACUACUUGUAAAAGUUGCACAAGUUUCCAUUUGCUUUUCUGAAAUCUUUUAAAACUAGCAAUUUAGAUUUGUGUAAGAGUUCAAAUGCACUGAUCUAAAACAAGCAUUUAAUGUCUUGAGUUAUUUGCUGUGGAAGUGAAACCGAAAACAUGGUGGUGUUGGAGGAACGGGAUCGGGAGUCAAAGAUGACGAUCAGAACGGACCUUUUGAGUUUUACCAUCUGAGUGAUAUGCUGUACGUAUUAAAUCAGGGACUUGUGUUUUUAUUGUUUUAAAGCAACCGAACAAUGUAACAUUUUUAAUUUGAGUUUUGAGGCAAUGGACCUCUUGUCAAUGACUUAAGAUGUAUCUUCAAAUGAUUGGAUUCAAUAAAAUUUUAAAUAAUUGUAAAAAA